AUGCCAGGGCGAACGUACUUCCUCUGCGAGUCCUGCGACGGGUUCUUGUACUGGAGCAAGGACGAUCCGCACAAGUAUGGCGACUGCCCUGAUUGCAAACAGGGCCACCGCGUUCGAAACAUUGUCAAGCCCCAGAACCUGAGAAAUGCGGGAAAGGUGUACUUCAAAUGCAGCAAGGAGGACUGCAGGUACUUCGAUUGGGAGAAGAAGACCGAGAGCUAG